AUGACUGAUAAGACUAAUGCACGUCCCAUUAGAAGAUUAGAUGAAACAGUUGUAAAUCGCAUAGCCGCUGGAGAGAUAAUUCAUCGUCCUGCAAAUGCAUUAAAAGAGUUGAUUGAAAACUGUUUGGAUGCUGGUGCCACAAACAUUCAAAUUACAAUAAAAGAUGGAGGACUUAAAUUGUUACAAAUACUUGAUAAUGGACACGGAAUAAGAAGAGAAGAUAUGUCCAUUGUUUGUGAACGGUUUACAACGAGCAAACUAAAGAAAUUUGAAGAUUUAUCAAAUAUAAGUACAUAUGGUUUUCGUGGUGAAGCAUUGGCAAGCAUAAGUCAUGUUGCCCAUGUUACAAUUACCACCAAGACGUCAGACUCUAACUGUGCUUAUAGGGCUUGUUAUUCGGAUGGUAAACUUGUUCCUGCAAAACCUGGUACAAGUGCGGAACCAAAGGCAUGUGCUGGUAAUACCGGAACACAAAUUACGGCAGAAGACCUUUUUUAUAAUGUUCCAACGCGUAGGAAAGCCCUGAAGAAUCCGAGUGAUGAAUACAAUAGAAUUUUAGAUGUAGUGAAUCGAUAUGCGAUUCAUAAUUCUGGAGUCAGCUUUACUUGUAAAAAGCAAGGUUCAAACCAAGCGGAUGUAAACACUUUAUCAACAUCUUCAACAUUAGAUAAUAUCCGUCAUAUAUAUGGCAAUGUAGCUUCUGAAUUGAUAGAAUUAGGGAAAUCUUUUAGAAAACUGGAGUUCAAAGUUAAUGGAUAUAUAUCCAACGCGAAUUACAACCUUAAAAAAAUGAAUUUUCUUUUGUUUAUAAAUCACAGAGCUGUGGAAAAUUCAUCGCUAAAAAAAACUAUUGAAAGUAUUUACGCGACUUAUUUACCAAAAAGUACUCAUCCGUAUGUGUAUUUAAGUCUGGAGAUCAACCCGCAGAAUGUUGAUGUUAACGUUCAUCCAACAAAACGCGAAGUUAGUUUCUUGAAUGAAGAUGAAGUCAUUGCCGCAAUAGGAGAUACCAUUCAAGAACGUCUCGCUGAUGCGAAUAGUUCGAGAGUAUUUUUGACACAGACUUUAUUACCUGGGGCUAAAGUCAUUGAAGCGAAUAUGAAUCAAGCAGAAAGUUCGAUUAAAAAAUCAGGAGUCAAGGUUACAAAUUACAAGCUUGUUAGGACAGAUAGUCGUGUGCAGACACUUGACAACUUUUUUAACCCUGAUGAUAUGGUUAAUAAGCAACUCGAGGACAAUUUAAGAAAAGAAAGAAAAGAGCAAUAUAAACCUAUUCCUUUUAGUAAUAGUUCAAAAGUUACUGCUAAUAGUAAUAUCGUUGGGGGGAAACGCAAACGGGAACGUUUUGAGGUCCGAUUGACCAGUAUUUUGACCCUACGCAAGCGAUUAAAGGAAGUCGAACAUAAAGGGCUCACGGAACUACUUGCAAAUCACACAUUUGUCGGAUGUGUUGAUGAUUCUUUAACUCUAGCACUGGUACAACAUCAAACAAAACUAUAUAUGAUUAAUUACAAUACUCUCAGUGAAGAAUUGUUUUAUCAAUUGACUCUCUUAGAAUUUCAUAAUUUCGGGUUUAUUCAUUUGUCUAUACCUGCUCCAAUACGCGAACUUAUAAUUUUCGCUUUGGAAUCAUGUGAUCACGACGAGCUCGAAGAUUUGAAAUCAAAUGAAGAAAUCGCUCAAAUAAUUGUCGACCAAUUAAUUACGCGAAAAGAAAUGUUGAUGGAAUAUUUCUCGAUUACUAUAACAGAGAAUGGAGAAUUAGCUACUUUGCCUCUAAUGCUAAAAGGAUAUGCACCAAAUUUAGAUAAACUUCCAACAUUUUUGCUACGUUUGGGAACUGAGGUUGAUUGGGAAACUGAAAUUGGAUGCUUCGAAACUCUUGCUCGUGAAAUUGGAUUAUUUUAUGCAACUGAACCACCAAACUUUUCAAAAUUUUCAACAUCUGUUAGCGAUAAAGAUGAUAUUUCAAUAGAUGACAUGAGCGCAUCUAAUAUAAACAAGAAUGCAUCAUUAUCGUCGCCAAGGAAAAGUUCUGAAAAAGAAACAAAUUUGAUUUUUACGGAACAACAAAAAAAAGCAGAGAUCGCAAGAUAUAAAUGGCAAGUUGAACAUUUAAUUUUUCCAAUUUUAAAAAGUCAAUUUCUUGCUCCGAAAAGUGCUGCAGAAAAUGGACAUGUACUUCAAAUAGCUAAUUUACCAGACUUGUAUCGUAUAUUUGAACGCUGUUGA